UGACUGCGGGGCGCGGAACUAUGAAGGCGCAUACGCUCGUGCUGCUGACUUGGGCGUUUCUCUGCUUGAGCAGGAGGGGUGACAGCAUCGGAAGGGUCAGAAGUGGCAGUUGCGCUGACGCAGCGCGCACGAGGCCGCGCAGGGGGUUCAUUCACUUGGGGAAGCAUUCCAAAGGGAGCUACGCAAAGCAGAGAUUCCCGCACCACCUGAACAGCACGACCGCAGGUGAAGGGUUCUCAAACACGGUCCACCACGACGUGAAGAAGAACACACAAAACUACUCGGAAAAUAGCCCCCCUGCGUCUUUCCAUAGAUAUAUUGAAAAUAUGAAGACAAGAAAAAACGUGCACCCAAGUAUCCGCAUAACCGAAUUUGAUAAAAAAUUCAUCAAAUGCAAGGAGAGUUACAACAGCAGGUACUCCCACCUGAAGGACAGCGAGUUAUUUGGAAGCUUCCACUUCGUCGGGAGACAAAAAAAAGGGAUCAUGUCACCUAAGUAUUAUUUGCCCAAGUAUGUAGAGAGGCCCAAUUACCACAGGACAGGUACCCCUGUAUAUGUGCCUUACGAGGGAGAGGGACAAGUGAGUAGCAGCACCAAGGGGAGAAAAUCACCCUACCCGUAUGCAAACAUCAAAAGUGAGGAGGAUAUUGAAACGAUUAGGAGCAACUGCCAAUUCGCUCGAGAACUCAUGGAUGACGUAUCACACAUCAUUUGCGAAGGAGUAACAACGAACGAUCUAGAUAUAUACAUCCUAAAUAAGUGCAUAAAUAAUGGGUACUAUCCCUCUCCUCUCAAUUAUCACCUGUUCCCCAAGAGCUCGUGCAUAUCGAUAAACGAAAUACUUUGUCAUGGAAUCCCAGACAAUAACGUCCUGUACGAAAACGAUAUCGUAAAGGUAGACAUUAGCGUUUUUAAGGAUGGCUUUCAUGCAGAUAUGUGUGAAAGCUUCCUUGUUCCUAAGUUAACAAAAAAUGAGAAAAAAAGAAAAAAAAAAUUUUACGAUUUUAUAUACUUAAAUGAUAAACUGCGGACGAGGUACACGAAAUUUAUUUUGAAGUAUAACUUUGACCUCAUUACUAAUAAAAUUGUGAAGACUGGCAAACAAUGCUCCAUAAGAAGAAUCAAAUACGACCCACCCAACUCGAAGGACCGUCCUAGUGAGCAAUACCACUCCUACGACGAUAAUACCAAUUCAGUGUUGCGCAGCGGCCACUUCGGGGGAUACGCAGCCACGCACCAUGAGGAUUAUUACAGCGAUGCUGGUGGAGCGGCGCACCUGGGGGGGGAAGACCUGGAGAGGGACAACUUCGAGAGGGACGACCUGGCGGGGGACCACUUCGAGAGGGACGACCUGGACGACCUCGAGCUAUUCCACCGGCAAUACGACGAGCACGUCAUCUACAACAAGCGACAAAGCAGCCAAACCUACGAUGACAUCCAGAAGUACAUAUACAGAAAAACGAGGGAGCCCCAAAAUAAUCAGAACAACCAAAACAGGUUCGCCUUCUUCGACAAAAGGAAGCUUGACGUAGAUGAACUCAAAAUAUACAUGCAUAAAAAAAAUAUGGACCUCAUAAGAACAGCUCAUGAGUGUACCAUGGAAGCCAUCCGGGUUUGUAAGCCAGGUGUACCUUUCAGUGCUAUAGGAGAUGCAAUAGCAGACCACCUAGACAGGAAAAAUAAUCAACACGUACGUUAUGCAGUGGUUCCCCAUUUAUGUGGACAUAACAUUGGAAAAAAUUUCCAUGAAGAACCUUUUAUUAUUCAUACACGAAAUGAUGAUGAUAGACGGAUGUGUGAAAAUCUUGUGUUUACUAUUGAACCUAUUAUAUCUGAGAGAGCUUGUGACUUUAUCAUGUGGCCGGAUAACUGGACUUUGUCAAAUGCUAGGUAUGUAUUCUCUGCUCAAUUCGAGCAUACCAUCGUUGUGCGCAAAGACGGCGCGGAGAUCCUCACGGGUAAAACGGACCGUUCCCCAAAGUUCGUUUGGGAAUGCGAACAGGAGU